CGCAACUGAGUCUACGCGUCUUGACUCUUGACUUCACUUUGGCAUAUAUUGAUAGAAUAGGUCUGUACUUUUAUUUCUACCAAUGGCAGUGUUUCAUCUGAAAUUGGCAUUUCUUAUUAUGAUGAUUACGAUGAUUUGUCACACAAUUGUGGUCUUCCGUGGGACAAUUUGGAUUGUACGGAAUGAGAUGUCUGAUUCUCCAAAUCUUCAAUGCACAACACUGAGGGAAAAGUUUAUUUCAAUGAAGGCGUCAAUAAUUAAAUCGAUCACAAAGGGUUCGGCGGUCACAGAGGAUUUGCAAGAAUUGAUGAGCUGUCCCUAUGAAUCAAAUAGCACCCAACGAGAACAUCGCAGAGCUCAACUACAAUUCUGCUGCAAUGCAACAGGGAACCUUUUUCUUACCAGAAAAAACACCCAUCAGAGACAAAUGAUCCAGUAUGAAACAAGCAGAAAGAAAAAACGUGUGGAUGAUUCUCUCUUCAAGAUGCUUCCCAAGAGCACCCCAUGGAGGAAGAAGAGUGGAUUCCAGCGCUGCGCAGUGGUGGGAAAUUCAGGGAUUUUGAGGAACAGCUGCUGUGGGGCUGAAAUUGACAGUGCAGAUAUCGUCAUCAGGUUGAAUUUGGCUCCUAUCAAUAACAGCACAGAUGUUGGGGUGAAGACCAGCCUGGUCACAGUCAACCCCAGCCAAAUUCUAGUAAACUACCCAAACCUAGAGAAGCACCCCAAGCCACUGGCAGAGAGGGUGUCUGCAUACGGAGAUGCACCCAUCGCUGUUUCUGCCUUUACCUACCCCUUCUGUACCGGCAUAUCCUUCACAGUUCACAGGGUCCUACAGAAGUUACGCCCUGAGCAGAAGGUCGUUUUCUUCAACCCUGAAUAUCUGCGGGAGCUCUUCCGGUACUGGAAGCGCCAAGGACUUAAGGAGCUUCGUCUUACCACAGGGUUAAUGCUAGCAAGUGUGGCCAUGGAACUUUGUGACGAUGUACACCUCUAUGGUUUUUGGCCCUUUUCGAAGGACCUUUUCCUGCGUCCAGUGACACACCAUUACUAUGAUGAUAUUGGACCAAGUCGUAGGAUGCAUGUUAUGCCAAAGGAAUUUCUCAAGCUGCUGAAGAUGCACAGUCUUGGGUCAAUACAUUUGCAUCUGACACAGUGCCGAUAACUGCAUGCUCCCUUUGUGCCAUCCCUUCCUAGUCAUCACAUCUCAUAGUAAUUACUUAUACAGAUAAUACAGUGUGUGUUCAUAAUGCUCCCAGACACAUAUUCAGAAAUCUUGAAAAUUUGAAAUAGGAGGUGGUUGUUGGGAAAAGGAAUGGGGGAUGUGAAAGGGGUUAAAAUGUUAGACAUUAUGACUAUUCCUUUUAAUUAUUUUGUUUUCACCAUUUACUGGACAUUUGCAUAACAUUCCACUUGUUAAGUUGUUACCUUAUGUAAACAUUAUCUACCUGAUAGGGGAAAAUAUUGGGAUGACUCCGAUUACACAUAUAAAUACAUAUUUCCAAAAAUGAAUUUUAUUCAAUUUUAGUUCAAUGUCCCUUAUGUUAAGAGAAAUACUGUAUAGAGCGUAACACCCUUUCCACAGCAGUAGCAUAUAAAUGUGUCCCACUGCUAUGUGAAUCUUUUUUAAAUGAGUCAUUCUUACACAACUUCCGCUGUAAACCUGGCCCCUGUACCCCAUUUCUAUGGACAGCCAGUAGCAUAGUGGUUAAGGCACAGCGGCGUGCAAAGAUUUAGGCACCCCUGGUUUAAAUGUC